ACAAUAGCUUUCGGAAUAUCAUCAGGUUUGUAUUAUCAAAAGUGACAAACAUAAGCUGUUAAAUGCAGUCAUAAUAUGAUUUUUUCCAAAUAUAAACAAGCAGAUAUACUGUAGACACAACGUAUCCAGGUAAAGAUUUAGAUGUGUUUAUUUGAUUAGGAAAUAUACUUUAAAAAGUUUUUUUUUUGGGGGGGUGUCAAACAUUUAUGGCAUUGCGCAAAGGCAAUGUUUCAGAAAUCAGAGUUUAAAAAAUUCCUAAAACUGAUGUUUACAUCGUGAUGACCGGCAUUCACUUUAUAAAAGGCCAAUGGCAUUAUGGUCUACUAGUGCAACGAUGCAAUAUCCGAGCGUACCUCACCUAUUCCGAAAGCCAGCAAGACAACAUCGCUUUCUAGGCGUCGCGUUCGGCUGAAAUAUGUUUGUUAUGGGAAAGCAAGUUCGCCGAGCAGUUCGGAUCGCUGGGGGUGAGCGCGGCACAAUUCAGUCCGAUCAUUCGUACGCAGUGCAAUGCAAUAUCCAAUUUCAAGAGUCAAUGAUUGACAACUGCGAGUUAGCCUCGGUGCUCUCUGUAGAGAGAGGGAGAGAGAGAGACGGAGCGAGAGGGAGAAAACAGACUGUGUAACCAUUUGACUUCCGUCUUAUCCCGCGCAAGCAGAGAGCUGUAAUGAUCCAUGCGUGAUCAUAUGGUCUGGCGACCUGCGAUGGGCUGUGUGCUUUUUUUUUUCCUGCACUAUGGGAAAUGAACGGGCACGCCAAGACCGCAGUCUGAAGCAUGAAGAUUGGUAAACCGGGACUACAGAGAAACCAACCUACUGCGCCCGUCGAACAGCGUUGCAUUGCAGAGUUAAAGAGUGUGAGCCGGUCGCCAUGUGCAGCGCUCUGAGCCCCAAGGAGACCAGAGGCCCCAGCCUUGCCGACAUGCACCAGUACAGCCAGUGGCUGGCCAGCAGGCACGAGGCCAGCCUGCUGCCCAUGAAGGAGGACCUGGCGCUGUGGCUCAGCAGCAUGCUGGGCACGGAGAUCACGGCGGACACCUUCAUGAGCCGGCUGGACAACGGCGUUCUGCUGUGUCGGCUGGCGGGGACCCUGCAGGAGAAGUUCAAGGAAAACGGCAGCGAGCUGCCCAGGGCUGGCCAGCCUCUGCCGAGCCGGAAAAUCCCCUGCCGGACGAGCGCCCCCUCCGGCUCCUUCUUCGCCAGGGAUAACACCGCCAACUUCCUGGCCUGGUGCCGAGAGGUGGGCGUGGGUGAGACCUGCCUGUUCGAGUCCGAAGGCCUGGUUCUGCACAAACAGCCCAGGGAGGUAUGUCUCUGCUUGCUGGAGCUGGGGAGGAUAGCGUCCAGGUCUCCUGACCUCGCCGGGACUGGCCGCCACCCCGUCACGGGCGAGCAGCCGCGGCCCCUCCAGCGGGAGCGGGGCAGGCCCGGGCGCCCGGCCGGAGACGCGCCGGCUGCGCCGCGGGGUUUGUUUACACACGGCUCGGCUUCGCAUGAAAAUCAGAUGCUCCACAACAAGCACGUGAUGGUGCGCGUCGGCGGAGGCUGGGAGACCUUCGAGAGCUACCUCCUGAAGCACGACCCCUGCCGCAUGCUGCAGAUCUCCCGCGUGGAGGGCAAGACCUCGCCCGUGUCCAGGUCCCCCAACAUCAAGGAGCUCAGCCCCGACAGCUACCUGGUCGUGGCUGCCCACUACCGGAGCAAGAAGUGAUGGCUCCCCGCUCCGCCCUGGGUCCUGCGGGCCUCCAGGCCAGCAGGGGGCGCCAGCCGCCUCUAGACAGAGACACGCUUUUAAUCCUAGAUCGGCCAAUCAGGCCCUGGCUUUCUUGUCCCAGUCAGGCAAUGAUAUUGCAGAACACAAAACUGGCUGAAGUAGUUCCCCUCUGGAGUAAUUGUAUACGUACGGGACAAAAAAACAUAUACACGAUACAGAAAAAAGGAAAUUUCGAUUAGGUUAUUCAAUAACCUAUCUAUACUGAAUACAAUGAAGAAGUCAGUAAUUAUUAUUUUAUUGUCUUCUAUAUUAUACUGUAUCUAAAAGCAGGAUGGGCUAUACUUUGGAGUGAGGGCGAUAUAACAAAGUAAAUCAGUCUGGGGCUGGAAUGUUUAACUGCACAUUUUUGGACAGAAAAAAAACAUGGGAUAAGAAUACUGUAUUUCUGUCUCUCAGAAUCUCAGUGCCUGGGAGUGAGACUGGUAAUAGGAUCAUAUGAUACAUGGAAUGUUUUUUUUUACAUAUGAAUCUCUCAUUUUAAAUGUUGCACCCUUUAAUUUAGUCAUAUAGACCUUAGUUUUAAAAAACAAUCCUAAAAAAAUCGUACUAGUGACGCUCCUCAUUUUAUGAUAUAUACACAUUUCUAUUUUGAACUGUAUUUGGUAGCUAUCAGGGAAUUUGCCACAUUUCCCUGUAUUCUUUCAUGAGGGGCGACAUUACUCUCUUUACAGCACUACUGUAUGAAAAAGUGCAUGAGAGAAUAUCUCAAGGUUCCCAGAUCUUUUCAUAGGGUUUCUUAGAAAAAACUGCAAAUAAUUGCGUUAUUGAAAAAUAUGUAGUCUGUCCGUCCAGAUACAGCAACAGUAAUGGCUGCCUUGGUGGCCCUGUAUCUUACAUGCUUGAAGGAGAAGAUAAUUGUUGUCUUCUAUCUGUGAGAAUAACUGGAAACUGUAUCUGCUUGUAUAUGAAUCUGUAACCAAGCUUCAGUACAGUCUAAUAGUCUGGUUGUCAAUUCAUAACGGGACAAUUUUAGAAUAUUCCCUCUGAAAAGAAUGUUGCACCAACCUCAAUAGAACAGUAAAUGGCACCAGUUCCUAACUAAUGUUCUAGUUGUCAUUACAUCUGUUAUCCACCCGGUGGCAUUGUACUCUAUGCAAAUAAUAGUUUUAACUUCAUGAAGGCUUUAGAGUUUUAUCUUCUAUGCAAUAACUCCAUUGAGAUUGAAUGUACCUAAAUACCACAUGCAGCCUUAUUUAAAAUCUUUCACAACAGUGAAGAUGGUAGACCAGAGACUGGGUUUAUCUGAAGAACAAAUUCAAAACAAAUCCUUUCAAUCUGAAACAGCCGGCACACAGCGGUUUCAAGCAGAAGAAAACUGCUUGCUUACAUAUUUCUCCUGCAGGAAAGACAAUCAAAUGUGUAGGCAACAUCACAGGAGUGUACAUCUGCGACACAAUCUACGGCAAGUUUCUUUUUAAUCCGAUUCUUUAGUUUUUUUUUUGGGGGGGGGGUUGGCUUUUUAUGCAACAACAGAUUGAAGAUCUUCAUAUUAGAAUUGCAAAAAAAAAAAGCCCAAGAUACUGGACUUACUGUAGGUCAAUGUAUUUAAACUCCUGAAUAUAUCAUUGGAGAGGAAAGUGUUGUAUUACAACUCAAUAAAUGACGUA